AUGGCUUCGAACGCUACACAAGAGACCUUCUCGCCGUCUGACGUACUGGCUGCUGUUAGGACGAUGAGGACUGGGGAGAAGGAGACGAAAACAAAGGCCCAUGAAUAUCUGGAGAGAUUCCAGAAGUCGAUCACGUAUGAUCUAACUACCCAGGUGCCACCGAGCGAACUCCCGGCUCUUAGAAGUCAAAUUCUGCUUCUAUUGAAGCACUUUGCUGCCGGUCCGAAGCCCAUUCGCGUGCAGCUCUGCGUUUGUCUGGCUAUUCUUGCGAUACAAAUGAAGGACUGGAACGACGUUCUCCCGUCCGUGGUACAGUCCCUCGGUGACAGCCCUGAGAGCCACGCUUGUAUACUAGACUUCUUGAGAGUUUUGCCUGAAGAAGUGACCGAAGGUCGAAAAAUUACCCUGUCUCAUAGAUCAGGUGGUACAGCUCCUAAUAAGCUACUCACAAUCAUCACGUAUGCUUCCAACAACUUUACUGGAACUGAAAUUCUUCAACUUGAUGCUAAUUGUUUGGUUGCAAAUUUAGCGGCUGCAUCGCGCAACCCCCAGCUCAUAGAGUGCAUUACCUCCUGGUUGAGAGAAGUUCCUGUUAUGAACAUAAUCAACUCACCACUUCUGGAUCACAUCUUUGCUGGUGUUUCGAGUGACGAAAGUGGUGCGGAAGCCGCCGAGUGUCUUUGCACCAUGCUCCGGGAAACCAGGGAUAUCGAUGAGAGCCAAGAUGCCGUCCAUGCAUUGUACCCUCGGGUUGUGGCACUGAAGCCACAGAUCGAAAAGGCCGCUGAAGCCGACGAUACGGACCAGUUGAAGGCAUUGACCAAGGUCUUUUCGACAGCUGCGAUUAGCUGGGUGGUUGGUGUUGCUCGCGAACCGUCUCAUUUCAGACCGUUGGUAGAGGCUGUUCUGGAGUGCGCUGCUCGAGACAAGGAGCGUGACGUUAUUGAGCACACUUUUGACUUCUGGUACGAGCUGAAGCAGUAUUUGGUUUUGGAGCGGUACAUUCAGGGCAGACUAGAGCUCGUCGAUAUUUUCUCGAAGCUCGUUGACAUCCUGCUCCGCCAUCUAGAGUAUCCCCGGCCUGAGUCUGGAAACGAGAGCGAUCUCUUCGAUGGUGAUCGCGAGCAGGAAGAAAAGUUUCGAGAGUUCCGUCACCGAAUGGGUGACACUUUGAAGGACUCUUGCGAUGUCAUGGGGGUGACUGAGUGUCUUACCAAGGUUCUUCACGCUAUUCAGCUAUGGACGCAAAAGUAUGCCGGACAGGUCAAUGGCUCCGACGUUCCCCAUUGGCAAGAGCUUGAGGCUCCUCUUUUCGCAAUGAGAGCCCUGGGUCGGAUGGUUCACAAGGACGAAAGUAUUGUGCUCCCCCAACUGAUGCCGCUACUGGUUCAGAUUCCGAGCCACGAAAAGCUUCGCUUCGCGACAAUCAUGGUUCUCGGGCGAUACACCGAGUGGACUGCAGCGCACCCUGAAUAUUUGGAACCGCAGUUCAAUUAUAUUGUGGAAUCUUUCCAGACAGAGUCGAGAGAAAUACUCAGAGCCGCUGCACUUUCUCUCAAGUUCUUCUGUACUGACUGCAGGAAUCUCCUCAGUGGGCAGGUGUUACAGCUCCAAACAUUCUACGACCAAAUCCUGGACAAGCUACCUGAUCUGAGCAAGGAGGAAAUAACCGAGGGUGUUGCCAACGUGGUCGCCGUUCAGCCUGUUGACGAAACGUACAGGCUUUUGAAAACCUAUGCCGACCCUCUGGUACAAAGAUUAAUGGCCAAAGCCAACAACGCUUCCAAUGAGGAAGGCAAGCUAGCCUUGGCUGAUCACCUCCAACUUAUCACCAUCUUUGUGCAGAAUGUUGUUCCGUACGCGGCUCCAGGGGGAGAAAACCCUGCAGUCAAGUAUUGGCAGGAGAUCUUUCCCAUCUUGUCGACUGUUUUGGACAACUUCCUCGACUUCAGUCCCAUUUGCGAACGCAUUUGUCGAUGCUGGCGAAAUAUGGUCACGUCGUAUCGAACUGCCAUGGCCCCUCUCCUUCCUGAAAUGGCCAACAAGCUCGCCAGCAGCUUCAACACAUCUAGAGAAGGUUGCUUCCUCUGGGUUACAUCUGCAAUUCUAAGAGAGUUCUCGGAAGACCGUGAGCAUUUGGACCAGGCCACCACGGAGAACAUCUAUACCUUUUUUGAGGCUCAAACAACCGCUUUUCUUAGAGUGAUGGCAGAUUUGCAGCCUAAAGAUUUGCCAGAUGUCAUUGACGACUUCUUCCGGCUUCUAAUUGAUGCCCUUUUGUAUUACCCGCAGAAGCUGAUUCCGUCGCAGCUGCUGGUGCCAAUUUUCCAAGCUUCGGUCUACGCAUUAACUUUGGAGCAACGAGAUCCGCUCUCGUCGACCCUGCACUUUUUGCGCGACUUGCUAUCGUACGGCGGCGACAAUCCGGCAAGUAGUGAAGGUCUUCCGGAGGCACAGGCUGCUGAAAUCCGUGGAAUCAUCAAGAAUUUGUUGAUGGCCCAUGGUGCCGACCUUGUCAAACAAACCAUGGCCGGUAUGAUGAUUACGUUCCCUGGGGACUGCUUUGCGGAUGGAAGCGGUGUUAUCCUGGCCUUGUUUGAGAUUAUGCCAGCACAAACUACUCAGUGGGUUGCGCAUACGAUUGAGCUUCUUCCUCAAGGAACUGUGUCGGCACCAGAAGCUCAACGAUUCGUGACCAAGGUCAAGGAGAAGUUGUCAUCCGGGGAUGUGAGCGGCCUCAGACAUGUGCGCACUUUGCUGCAAGACUUCACCACUAAUUACCGCCGUCGCAAUGUUGCUCCCAGAGACGGCCUGGGCCAACUCGAAGCUGCCAGAUUUCAGUUCUCUGGCUAA